AUGCUAUUGGUGACCGUUGUUGCCUACUUGUUUGGUGAUGGGAUAACAAACUUGAGCAUUCAUGUAGAUGGUUGUGGCAGAGUAGCUCAAGUAGGAAAAACUGUUAGGUUGCUGAAUUGGAUUAUGCUACCGGUAUGUUUCUCUUUCUGCCCCUUGUUACAGUCAUUCCUGGUCAGCUUUUUUUUACAUGUUCUCCAGCAAUCAACUCCUGUGCAAAUAAAAAAUUCGCAUGCUCACAAAAUUACUAUAAUGAAGUUGCUUCAAAAUACACAUGAAUUUUCCGUGAAAAUAGUGUGGAGUUUGAACCGGCAACAUGCACGGAAUGUUGACACUUUCUUAUAUUGA